AUGUCCGCGCGAUCGCCCUCACCCCCCGCCCCCGGCAUUCGCGCCGAGGCCGAUACCGAUACCGAAAAGCCAGUCCAUGGCGACAAUCCACGCCGGUCUAUGGAGAAUAGCUCGUCCGAACAGAGGGAAAGUAAAGAAGAGGAGAACGGGGCAUUUGCACCGAUUGCAUGCCCCCCCACGCACGAGCGCGGGCUGCAGAAGCAGAGAUCGACUGCGUCGCGAUCGUUGGAGCGGAACUGGUCGCUAAAUGAUGGGGUUAGUUUAGGCGGUAAUAAGUUCGGGGAGGAGGAUGGUGAAGCUGGGGAUGGGGAGUCGGGGUAUGUUGUUGGGUGGGAGGAGGGUGACGCGAUGAAUCCAAGGAAUAUGAACAAGGCACGGAAGUGGUUGAUUGUUGUGAUUGUUUCUAUGGGGUCGCUGUGUGUGACUUGCACGUCGUCGAUGUAUACCACGACGUAUGACCAGUUGAUGAAAGAGUUCAAUUGCUCACAGGAAGUGGCGACGUUGGGAUUGUCCUUGUUUAUCUGGGGUCUUGGAAUUGGACCGCUUUUCCUCAGUCCAUUAUCCGAGUUCUACGGCCGAAGGAAAAUCUACAUCGUCUCCUUUUCGCUGUUCCUGAUCUGGCUCAUUCCCUGCGCAGUGGCGAAGAACAUCCAGACCAUGAUCGUGUGCCGCUUCUUCAAUGGGUUGGCAGGAAGUGCUUUCCUCAGUGUUGCUGGUGGCACGGUGGGUGAUCUGUUUGAUCGACAUGAACUUGGCUUCCCCAUGAUGCUGUACACAGCAAGUCCCUUCAUUGGCCCCGAGGUUGGACCUCUUGUUGGCGGCUUUAUCAAUGAGUUCACUACCUGGCGAUGGACAUUCUAUGUCCUUCUCAUUUGGACUGGCGUCUUGCUCGUCUCGAUAGUUUUCCUUGUCCCGGAGACAUACCAUCCAGUGCUCAUGAGGCACAAAGCGCAGAAACUCCGCAAGGAGACCGGAGAUGACCGAUGGAUAGCCCCUAUCGAAAAGAUGAAUCGAUCGGUAGCGCAAACAGUCCUGCGAUCCAUGUAUCGCCCUAUUCUUCUUUUGGCACUAGAGCCUAUGUGCCUGAAUCUGUGUAUUUUUUCGGCCAUUCUAUUGGGUAUUCUCUACCUCUUUUUCGGAGCCUUCCAAUUGGUCUUCGAAACCGUGUACGGCAUGUUAUUGUGGCAGCGAGGCCUCUGCUUCCUGGGUCUCUUUGUUGGCAUGGUCUUCGCGAUCCUGUCAGAUCCCUUUUGGCGGCGGAACUAUGCGCGUCUGGAGCGAAAUUACCAGAAGACCACGAAUAAGCCGGACGAGUUUCAGCCCGAGUGGCGACUGCCUCCAGCGAUCUUGGGUGGGCCCCUGGUGACCAUUGGGCUAUUCAUCUUCGCCUGGACAAUUUACCCUGAUGUACACUGGAUUGCCCCCAUCAUCGGCAGUGCUCUAUUCGGUGCAGGGACCAUCCUGGUCUACUCAGGAAUUUUCACCUUCCUAGUCGAUGCCUAUCCCACCUUCGCAGCCAGCGCGCUAGCAGCGAACAGCUUCACCCGAUCAGCAUUUGGAGGCGUCUUCCCCCUGUUUGGGAUCCAAAUGUACAACAACCUGGAUUACCAUUGGGCAACCUCGCUACUGGCUUUUUUGACCCUUGCCAUGGCCCCUUUCCCGUACAUCUUCUUCAAGUACGGGCCUCGCAUUCGCAAGCAUAGUCGCUUUGCGACACAGCAGACGUGA